AUGAGUAAUCAACAGGCUACAGUCUCUGAGCAGCCAAGUAGCCAAGGAAAUCGUAGUAAACAAAAACCAUUUGGCCUUUUGCUACCCAUCUUACUUCGUCAACUUGCCAAAGACAGAGCCAUGCAACUUCAAACGUUAUUUGCUAAAUUGAAGAAAGGUGAAAUACCGAAAGACAGCUUUGUGCGGCUUUUGAAAGGUAUCGUAGGGGACCAGAUGCUUAGAUUAGCAUUAGCAGAAGUACAAAUGCGGCAACCACAGGCAAGGCCCAAUCAAGCAUCUGCUGGGCAGCAGCUCCCUCUAAGGAUGUCAACUGUUAGUUCAGGUGCAAGGCAAUUGAAUGAUCCCCAUGCUUUAGCACAGAUGCACCAAAGAAGUAUGAAUGUUGCUGUUGACCAAUCUCGCAUGAGUUCUUCAGCUGGUCAAACUACAGAGAGCAAUGCUAGAAAGCCUCAGGAAUUCGAUGUUAAAAUAGAAUCUCAAGGAUUGCAAUCAAAUCAGUUGACAUCUUCCAGUUCCAACACAGUUGGUCAAGAAGCAGAAAGAACAUCAGUUCAUAUACAAGGGCUUAAUAAACAGCAGCAACACCAUCUACAUUUUGCAUCAGCAUAUGGAAACAGUGGUGGUAACUAUAACCCUUUUUCUGGGACAACAAGUAGUUCCACAUCAUCUAUCAAACAGCAAACGCAUGAAUCACAUAAUCAAAUUCCUCAUCAAAACAUUGGUUCAAAUCAUUUAGGUGGUUCAGCACAUGGUUUGAGUGUAAUUUGUGUGCCAAAACUUGAACAGCAGAAUUCUUUCAAUGAUCCCAAAAGACUGCCAGGUGGAUCUGUUUCUCCUGCUGUAAACGAUACAGCAUCUCAGCAAACGUCGAAUGCUUGGCAACCAUCUACAAACAAAGAACAAAAUCUGGGCUUAAUGUCAUCUGUUUCUUAUGUCAAAAAGGAACCUACUGACUUGUCUACUGAGCAGCAAAAUAGGCAUAAUUUGUCUAAAUUGCAUGGGUAUUCUUCUGUUAAUUCUGCUCAGCUUGAACAGAGUGGUGCUACUCAAGGAACUCUAAAAGAUGAAUUUUCGAGAGGUCUUCCAGCAUCCACAAGCAUGCCACCUACAACAUCUACUGGCUUGCUAGCACAUGGUUCUGCUUCCUCUUCUGUAAUCACCCACCUAGACUCCAGUGUCUCGCCCACUUCUGAAAUUGAUCAGCUAAGCUCUCAGAUUCAAUCAAAUGCUUCUGGAAUUGUUGCAAGGACACCUCUUAAAAAGUCUGCUGUUACCCAAAAGAAUCCACUUGAAGCACUUGGUUCCUCACCUCCUCCUCCUAGGAAGAGGAAGAACAGUUUAUUUUCAGAGCCCAAAGAGGAUAGUCGAGUGUCAGAAGCUUCUCGAAAGGCUGUGCAAGAAGAAGAGGAAAGGCUGAUCUUGCAGAAAGCUCCAUUGCAAAAAAAUUAA